GCAUAUUUGUUAAAAAGCUUAGAAGAGGAAUUUACCUGUGCAAGAGAUAAACGGGAUUUAAGUUUAAUAUUUAUUGAUAUAGAUCAUUUUAAACGCAUCAAUGAUAAAUAUACUCAUGAUGCAGGAGAUUAUGUUUUAAAAGAAUUGGCUACAUUAAUUCAAACACUUAUUCGUCCUGAAGACGUUUUUGCACGAUAUGGUGGAGAAGAGGUUACUAUCCUUCUAAAGAAUGCAAAUCCUGAGCUAGCUUUCGAAAGUGCAGAGAAAAUUCGAAAAGCUAUUGAGUCUCAUGAUUUUAAUUAUGAUGGAAAACGCAUACCAGUUACAGUCAGCAGUGGAAUUGCUGAUAUGAAUUCAUCUGUAGAAUCUCAUGAAGAUUUGCUUAAGCGUGCUGAUCAAGCUUUAUAUGUUGCUAAGCUUCAAGGUCGAAAUCGGGUAAAAAUUUGGACUAAAGACAUUGACUCAGAAAGUGAUUCAAAUAAUUAUCUUGAGAUGUUUUCAGGACCUAUAUACUUCCCUAGUAAUAGAAAAACCAUACAACAUAAUAAAUUACCUUCUGUAACAAACGAGCUGUCAGUGACAUUUCAAUUGAAUCUCAAAAGACAUAAUUCAGAUUGGAUAAAUAUUUUUCAUAAAGGUGAAAAUGCACAGCAGACCCGUACCCCAGCGUUUUUUCUGUCACCGAAUAAUUCACAACCACACUUUACAUGCUCAGUAAAUAACAAUUGGAAUUAUUAUGGUCAAACUGGACCUAAUCUUGAGUUAAACAGAUGGUAUCAUAUAGCCUACACGCUUUCUGAACCUCAAAAAUGUAUGGAGUUAUAUGUAAAUGGUAAAUCGAUUGGGUACAUAGAGACAAAAGAAAUUAAAUUCAAUGAAUUUCCUUUGAAAAUUGGGCAUUCUGAUUGGCAUGCAGAUUUUCAGGGACAAAUGAGCAAUUUUCGAUUUUACAAUAUUUGCUUAUCGGCUGAUAAAGUUUUUAAAGAUUAUAUAUCAUAUCAUAGCAAUGAGUUAGGUCGAAAUCAAGUAAAAAUUCGACCAAAGAAAUUGACUCAAAUAGUAAGUUUUGAAACUUUAAAAGAAUCUCAAAUUCUCAUCAAUGCCAAAAUUUUUUCAAGACCUACAUAUUUUCCUACUAAUAAAAAAACUAUACAACAUAAUGGGUUGCCCUUUGUAAUAAACGAGCUAUCAGUGAUAUUUCGAUUGAAUAUCGAGAAACAUGCUCCAGAUUGGAUACCUAUUUUUCAUAAAG